UCUCUCUCUCUCCUUUCUUUCUUUCUUUCUUUCUUUCUUUCUUUCUUUCUUUCUUUCUUUCUUUCUUUUCUUUCUCUUUCUUUCUUAAAAAAAAGGUUCAGCCAGAAAUCAGCAUGGCUACUUCACAAAAGAAUUUCUAGUAUCAGGGAAAAACUGUGCACUUGUGCUCAUGUGCACAUGUGUGAUAAAAGUUUCUCCUUCUCUGAAGGGAAAGGAAAGUGCUAGGCAGCUGGUGAUUAGCAGCAUUCUUUGUGCUUUUUUGUUGUUCCUCUGCUCUGUCACAGUUCUACGUUGUUUGCCUUAGAAAUGUAAUUUUUAAAAACCAUUUUAAAAAUGAACGGUGAUUCAGCUGGCUGGUAAAAAGCACACUGUCAGGGGACUAUAUUUGAAGUCAGUCUAGAUUGGGCUGGACUAGAAACCCGCCUGGACCCAGGAGGCCCCACAGGACCCAGGAGGUCCCUGUGGGAAGGCAGAGGUUCAGGUGCGAGUGGCUCACCUCUGAGCUGGUGAAGUGAGGACUUGCUGGUGAUGUGACCCAGAGAUCUGCUGCUGGCUUCUGGAGACAGGGUCUUGGGCUGACUUCUCAGGUUGAUCGAGGCCUCCCGACUAGCGGUGUUCCCAGGCUAGAGGUGAUUGGCUGCAACAAAGACGCUUCUAGUAGUCUAUUAGCAGUGCCUUCGGGACCCUGGGAUUUUGCUGUCUCUAGAAAUGUGUUUUUUAUUUUUUUAUUUUUUAUUUCCCCCUUUUUUCCUGGCAUUGCUCCAGGGUUUAUGUAUUUGCCUGUUUAUUGUCCUGCUCUCUUUUUUUGGAUGAAAACUCCGGCCUUUCCCGACCCACCUCCAUCUUCAGGUUCUUCAGUUUUCUGAGAAGAGUGGGGAUAUGUGGGAAGGGGCGUGGGAGCUCGGCAGCCUCCACCUGCCAGGAAGGCAGUCUGGCCUCUGCAGGAAAGAGCAGAGCCCGUGGGAAGCCCUGGGUGAGGAUGGCGCAGCCGGCCCACCACGCAUGGCAUUGCCAGCCACGGGGGGCCUGCGUGUAGUCUCUGCUCCCUGCAUUUCACCUUCUUUGUUGACUUUCCUUCUCUGUUUUCCCCCAUCUGUUUGCCAGAGGGGUGGGACUGGCAACAGAACAGCCGUGGCUGCUUUAUCUCUCCUCUCCACGGUGUACUCAGGCCUGAGUGGUGACUCACGGGAGCCCAGCCACCUCGCAGCUGUUCGCCCCCCGCCUCAACCUUUGAACUGGAACUGCUGGCUCAUACAGGGUUUUCGACAACUGCAGCUGAAUCUCAUGGAAAAGCUGGAUUCCUCUGCCUUACGCGGAAAUACCCGGGCUCCAUCUGCCAGGUGCUUGCCACUGGUCCUGGUAGAAGUGGCAGCUGCUGAGAGUGACCUUCCAAAUCCUUGGUGGCACUUCAGCACUACAGGCUCUCCAAUAAAAACCCUUUAGACACAAA